AUGGUGCGCUCACUGCCGAAGAAAAACAACCCUCUCAUCCUUGCGGACGUGGCUCCUGCUUACUCGAUCGUGGCAUGCCGAUAUCUCCACCAAAGCGUGCGCAGACUAAUUCGUCUCCUUCUACCUCCUGCGACAUCAGACGAUGAACUUCUUUCGCGCCGUCGUCUGGGAAAGACCAACCUCGCCGUGAAACCCACCCAGGUUGGCACGUCAAAUGCGACAAAGCCUGAAAACCUUGGCCCCUUCGAGUAUGCACACUUGCGCGCGCCGCUGCCUAGAGACCUCAAGGGCUCCGAGAUUUUCCCCUCACACUCGCCUCAACAGCAUCCCGAAACUUACUUUUUGAUGAGACGUAGCAAAGAUGGAUUUGUCAGUGCUACCGGAAUGUUCAAGAUUGCCUUCCCUUGGGCAAAGCUCGAUGAAGAACGGUCUGAGCGGGAGUACCUGAAGACCCGGACAGAGACUAGCGAAGACGAGAUCGCCGGUAAUGUUUGGAUCUCGCCCCUGCUUGCCCUUGAGCUAGCGAAGGAGUAUCAAAUGUACGACUGGGUUAGGGCCCUUCUCGAUCCUACCGACAUCGUCCAAAGUCCCUCGUCCGCGAAGAAGCAAAUUACCCCGCCACCUCGGUUUGAUUUGCCGCCGAUCGAAGCCCCGGCCAUUCUCACUGCACCACGCCUCCGUAGGGGACGGUCUGCUUCUCCAAGCAAGAAAUCGACCUCCCCGCGUAAGCCCCGCCAGACUCGCGCCAUGAAAGAGGCCAACGCCGCGGCGACUAGUGCUGCCAACGCCAGCCUUCAGUCUUCUUUGGACUUGACGGCUUCCACCGUGGAGUCGGAAUCGGUCACCGGCACCGUUCAUCAGAGCGUUGAAGUGGACGGCGACGAGAAGCCCGCUCCUACCCCGAAGAAACCGGCAUCCGCAUCCAAGGCGAAGAGGACGGCUGCUCGUGCGGAAGAGCCCGAGGAGAAGGAGGAGCAGGAACGUGAGAAGGUCAAGGUCGAUGUUGAGACCAACGCGGAGACUGUUGACGAGGCCAAAACCUCCCAGACCACCGUUUCCGUUGAGAUGCCUAUCAGCCUUCCAGAGGCACCGUCUGCCGCCGAUACCGAGCAGAUGAUCGCCAAGGCGAAAGAAAUGGUAGAAGAGGCGGUCAAGCUUCAGACCGAGACGGCGGAGCCAUCGUCGGCUAAGGCAGCUCAGAAGCGCAAGACGGAAGUGCUCAGCGACGAUGACGAGGAAGAAGAUGAGGAAUCGAAGACCCUCCGUGUAAAGCGGGCCAAGGUUCUGGAGGAAAAGCUCAAGCAGGAGCGCGUGCGGAACCGUGCUCUUGUUGGCGUUACGGCUGCCUUUGCGCUUGCCGCCUCUAUUCCGUAUUUCUUCUAA